GUCUAUUUCAUCUUUGUGAAUUACAAUCUCUUCAACUAAUUUAAUAACUCUGACGUGCAAGUGAUGGUAAAAUCUUCAUAUAUAAGCUUUACUUGGCAGCUUCUGAUUUCUCAAUUACUUUUUAAACCCAUGGAAGCUUCAUUGUUUCUUCAGUUCAAAAACCCCAGAUUUCUUCCAUGCGGAUUGUCUAUUAAAAUGGUCACUGAGAUUUUUGGAUGAGAUUCUGUAAAUCUGAAGCUGAGCAGGACAAAACCCCAAUUGAUCUUUUCUUUCCAUUUUAGCCCAAAAUGUUGAUAUUUUUUAUAUCAUUCUUCUCUUUCAUCUUACUUUCGAAGUCAUUUUUGAAGCCCUUUUCGACCUGGAGUUGGAAAAGGGGAAUGAAAAUGCAUCUUUGUUAUCCACGUGAAUUAGCAAGAAUCUGGGUUCCAUGGUUCAUAGGAAGUGUGAAUAGUACAGUGAUCAAGAAGAAUUUUAGUCCAGAAGCUGCAGUAGAGAAUGUGGUGGAAGAAAAUUUUGAAGAGUUUUGUUUGUUAGAUUUGCCAGAUUUAGCAUUGGAUUGCAUUCUGGAGAGGCUUUCUCCAUCUGGGCUCUGUAGUAUGGCCGGAGUUUGCCGUUCUUUAAGAGAGAUUUGUACAAGUGAUCGGUUGUGGGAAGAACACAUGAAGCGGAAAUGGGGUAAUCUGAUUGGUGAUGCAGCAUAUCAACAAUGGCAAUCCUACAUUGCGUCAAAACAGAGGAAUGAACUCCCAGAGAAGAAGAACAGGGUAACUGGAAUUUUCGGGUACUUGUCAAGUUUUUGGUCUCAAUUGUUAAAUAGAUCAAAAGAAAAUGAAGUCUCUAAGGAAACCAGAAGUUCAUCAUUACCAGUAAAUUCAAUUAUGGCUUGGUACCUCGCAAUCGAAAACGGGAAGUUCUGGUUCCCUGCUCAGGUUUACAAUCGUGAGAAUGGUCAUGUUGGUUUUAUCCUUUCUUGUUAUGAUGCGGAACUGAAUUACGAUUCAAGUACAAACACCUUUGCAGCCAGGUACUCUGUACUUGGCCGACGGACGAUAGAGGACAACAUAGAAUGGCAUAGGAUUCGAGCACCUGCAGUCGAUACGCCUUCGAACGUGCUUCACAUCUCUGAUUGUCUUAAUGAUCUCAAACCUGGUGAUCACAUUGAAGUUCAGUGGAGAAGAAACAAAGACUUUUCCUACGGUUGGUGGUAUGGAGUUGUUGGGCAUUUUGAGCAGUGCGAUGGAAACGAAUCCAUUUGCCAAUGCCAUCUAAAUGAUACCAUUGUAUUGGAGUUCAAACAAUACCACCCUGGCUCGCGAUGGAGACGAACAACUGUAAACCGGAAGGAUCACCGGGAAGUAGGCAAUGGCGCCGACGGCUUCUAUGGAGGAAUCAGAAAGAUCUGCAAGGAAGAGGAGAUUUCAGUGUGGAAGGGACUAUGGCCAACUAGCACUAUACAAUAAUAGUAAAGCAAGUGGAUUUGGCGUUCACUUAGGAAAUAGACUGUAAAAACGUACACGGAAGCCAAUCAAAGCCAUCAUCAGGAGUUUGUAAUCGUUGACAGGGCUUUCGAUUUUUGCGUAGCUUGAGUUGAGGCUAACUAUAGGAUUUUUGGUGUUUAGAGUAAAUUCUUGGUGAUAAAAUAAUGAUGCAAACUGCAAUCAGUUAUCUUUCAUAAAAUUUCGUAUAACACAUUCUCUUUUUUGAUAAAAUUGGUUAUCGAAAUAAACAAGCACUAGAAAGAACUAAACAUACGAGAACUAAAACUUCG